AUGACAAGAACAAAAUGUUCAGUUUGCAACGAUUCGGAGAGUACUCAAUUUCUUUAUCAGGUUGAUUGUUGUAAUGCAUGUGCAAUGGCUCAUCGAAGACAUUGUGAAGGGAAUGAAGAUCCAAAAACUUAUUUUGGAGAUCAAAACUGCAAUUUCUGUUGUUUCAAAAAGUACAGAUGCAUCGAAAAGAGUAAAAACAUUUCGAUCGAUCUGGCCGGAUUGCUAAAAGAUUUAUCGAUUCGUGAAUUUCAUAGAAAUAUUGUUUUCACUACAAAAUCCGUCAGAACAAACUUCACAGUUGACGACGCUGUGUCCUCUGAAAAACUGAAAUUGAUCAAUUGCCCUCUUGGUUCUCAUUCAACAUUUGAAGACUGGUCUACUAUGAAUCAAAUUGCAACAAUUGAUUAUCUCAAGAACCUGGAAUUUGUAAAGGAAUUAGGCGACGAGAAAACGAAAUUCAUCCGAAGAAUUCGUUUCAGAAGUGCAAUUCUUUCAACUGCAUUCAGAUCUUAUCAGCAGAACAAAGAUUCUAUGGAUAUAACGGAUAAUGUCGACAUACCGUAA